AUGGCACCAAGGGUCGCGCAACCGGAACCGUACCCUCUACCAGAGCCACUGCCGGGCCAGGGACCGGUUGGAGGGUUUGGCGAGCUCCUCAACUACACCACCGCGGCCGAACCGUACAGCCAUGGACUCGUCGGCGUCAAUCAGGACGACAAUUACCUCUUUAUCAACAUAUUGCUCGCUUCGUUUCUUGGACUGUUAGCAGUGACGCUGGGAUACCGGUGGGCACAGAUGGCCAAUGCCCAUCUCCGACAUCUCAUGACAAUGGGAAGAUGGGAGGACCAGAGGUAUUGGAUGUACAAUCGUUCGCACUUCUGGCCCAGGAUCAAGCGCAGCCUACUGUACGCGCCACUGGGGAAGGUACGGCACAACAAGGAGAUACAGCUGUCGAAAGCGAUCAGUAUUGGAACACUACCAUCACGAUUCCACAUGCUUUUGCUAGUGCUAUACUUCGCCAGCAACUUCUCAUACUGUCUAGCGCUGGACUGGAGGAACGAGAACAGCUACUCGGUGGUAGCGGAGCUUCGAGGCCGGACAGGCGCGCUGGCCGCUUUCAACAUCAUACCCACCAUUCUGUUUGCGCUGCGCAAUAACCCGCUCAUACCGAUCACGCGGGUCUCCUACGACACCUUCAACCUCCUCCAUAGAUGGUGCGCACGGAUGUUUGUCUUUCUGGCCGCCAUACACACGAUUUGCUGGGCUGUGAACAGCAUCAGCGCUGGAGGAAUGUACCAAAUCCACAUCGACCUUACCACCAGCUUUAGCUACAAAUGGGGCAUGGUGGCGACAUGUCUUUUCGGUACCAUCUUCCUGACAGCUUUCAGUCCGCUCAGACACGCCUUCUACGAGGUCUUCCUCAACUCGCAUAGGCUGCUUGUGCUCCUCGCGCUUAUCGGCGUGUACCUGCACUUGGACUACGCCAACCUCCCGCAGCUGCCGUACAUCCAGCUCGCAUUCGCCUUCUGGGCAGCGGAGUGGGCGUGGCGUGUGCUGAGAGUGCUUUACCACAACGUUAGCCGACAGCACGGUAUGACUAGAGUGAACGUCGAAGCGCUGCCCUCAGAAGCCUGCCGCGUGACUUUCAACCUAGCAAGACCAUGGCGGUGGCAGCCCGGAUGCCACGUUCACGCCUACCUACCCACCUUUGCGCUAUGGUCCAGCCACCCCUUCUCAAUAGCAUGGGCGGAGAGCGGACCACGCAAUCCGUCCUUGGACAUCACGCACCGGAAGGAGGGCGCUAACAUCGCUCUCCCACGGGAUGCGGCCGUGACGACUGUAAGCCUCAUCAUGAGGGCACGGACGGGGAUGACAAGAACGCUGUAUAACGCCGCUUGUGCUGCUCCGAACGGCACGAUCACGACUUGGGGCGCGAUAGAAGGACCGUACGGCGGUCACGAGUCGAUGGCGUCGUAUGGCACUGUAGUGCUCUUCGCAGGGGGCGUGGGAAUAACGCAUUGCGUCGGGUACGUGCAUCACUUGAUGCUGCAGUACCAGGCCGGCACGGCCAGCACGCAACGCAUCCUCCUCGUCUGGUCCGUGCCCAACACGGAAGCGCUGGAGUGGGUGCGGGUGUGGAUGGACCAGAUCUUGCGGAUGGAGGGGAGGAGAGACAUUCUCCGGAUUCAGCUCUUUGUCACCAAGCCCAGACAUAGAGGCGAAGUCAUCAGCAACACGGGGAGCGUGCAGAUGUUUCCUGGACGGUGCAAUCCGCAGACGAUCAUUGAGAAGGAGAUGCAGGAACGGAUCGGCGCAAUGGGUGUGCAAGUAUGCGGGCCUGGGGCUUUUGCUGAUAGCGUUCGCGCGGCUGUGCGAGCAGUCGUGGAGCAAGGGGCGGUGGACUUCAUCGAGGAGGCAUUCACGUACUAA